AUGGCUGCUAUCUCGCAGUCUGUUCCCGACGACGUGAUGAUGUCCAUUGUGGAGUACGAGUCGGCGAAGGAGGCUUGGGAUGCCAUCCGUACCAUGCGUAUCGGCGAUGAGCGCGUUGUGCAGGCACGCAUCAGUCACCUCACAAGACAUUUUGAGCGCCUGACCAUGGAAGGAGGUGAAGACGUCGGUGCAUUCGGGCGCCGGCUCACCGCGCUCGUCGGAGAAAUUCGAGCGCUUGGUGAGAACUUGCAGGAGCACGCCGUUGUCAAGCGGCUGUUCGCGGCGGUCCCGGAUCACUUCCUGCCGAUGAUCGGGACAAUCGAGCAAUGGGGCGACAUCAAGAAGAUGUCGGUCGCCGAGGCCAUUGGGCGGUUCCGGGCGUCCGAGGAGAACGAGUCCGGGCGCCGCCAAGACCGCGGCGAUGAUGGCGAGAAGUUGAUGUUGGUCUCACGGGCACAGCUGGAGGCACUGGUCCAGGAAGAAAAGAAGAAAGGAGAGGGCUCUAGCAAUGGCGGCAAGAAUGGCGACGAGCGUGGCGGUGGCCGCGGCCGAGAUGACAACAAGAAAAUGCCCCGUGGCAAGUUCGACAAGUCGAAGAUUACCUGCUUCGAGUGUGGGAAGAAAGGACAAUUCAAGUCCGAGUGUGAGGCGUUGAAGAAAGAGAAGGCGCUCCUUGCAGUUGCCGACGUCGACUACGAGCCGGGGCUGCUGAUGGCGGUGGCAUGUGAGCUUGCACCGGGGGCGGAGGAGCAGGUCGCGGACGACGUCAAGCCAGAAGGUAUCAAGGUGAAUGAGAUGCUUCACCCCUUAGCUGCGAUGGCCGAGUUGGAGGCUGCCAUGGCUGAGGCUGAGUGGCUACGCGGUGAGUUAGCCGUUGCAAAUGCAAAGGUGGAUGUCAUGUCCGAUGAGUACAGGACACAGGCAGAGUUGUUGGUGUACGCAAGUGAGGAGAAGGCCAAGCUGUUGGAGGUGCAGCGUGUGCUCUGCAACGAGAAUGGCGUGCUGCAUGCCCUCAUGAACAAGACGAUGACAGGAGCCAUACAAGGAAGCACGCGGACUACCUCAACGACACCAGCGGGAGUAACGCCGCUAGCGGCCUUGAGGGCUGCCAUUAUGACGCCGGCAGCCGCGAUGCCGGCAGCGGCGGCACUCGGCAUGGACAGGCCGGGAGUGGAGCUCGUGGAGAAGGGCAACGAGUUCCUCAUACUGAAUGAAGAGAAGAUUAAGCCCAAGCUAAGUGCCAAUGAGAGGUACUAUGGUGAACUAUGGUAUUUUGACACAGAUGCAACAAAUCAUAUGUCAGGCAAUGAGAAGAUGUUCAGAGACAUUGACAGCACCAUCAAGGGGACGGUGCGGUUUGGAGAUGGGUCCGUUGUUGAAAGUUGUGGCUGUGGAACUGUCUCGUACAUUGGCUGUAAUGGUAAGCAUCAUGUUCUCAAGAAAGUGUAUUUCAUCCUCAAGCUAAGAAGCAACAUAGUGAGUCAACUUGACGAAGAAGGGUGCAUGUCACAGCUGUAUGAUGGGUUCCUGAGCGUGUUUGAUCGCAGGGAGAGCUUCUUGCCAAGGUGCCAAGGUCAAGAAAUCGACUGUACCCACUUUGUCUGA